AAAAAUAUAAAAAAAUGGAAGGUGAAAUUAAGUUAUUUGAGCUUUUUGACAAUGCAUACAAACUAUUUGAGGAAUUUGACAGGCGCGACGAUCCAUCAAACAGCCCAGAAUUCCAGGAAGACGUAAGAAGAUGUAUUAAAAUGCUUGAGGAUGCAACGAGACUUGUCAGUUUUACGGGAAUGUUUAGCCAGAAUGAAUCGUAUGAAGAAAUUCCUACGGAUAAUCUUAAAUAUCUCUUAUUGCCGUUUCUACUCGCACAAGCUACACUAAAAUUAACAAAUGUACAGGAUCGAAAGAAUGUGGUAGAUGUUGCAAAAAUUUAUUAUGACGAUUACCUGAAUCGAUGUGAAGAGUAUGGUUUAUGUGAGAGAAGUACAACUGCUGUAUCGAAAAAUAAGGAUAUAAUAUUACGUGAUGAAAUUCAAAGAAUUACACAAAUGGCUCAACAGCGAAACCAAAAAUUACAAAAGUAUCAACAGAAGAAGGAGUUGAAAGAUCAAAUUAAGCAAUUAAAGGUUGCAAUGGAACGUGAUCAUACGGAUGAGGAUGUUAAGAGAAAUUUCUAUUUGAAGCUCAUUAAGUCAUGUGUAUGGGAAACGCAGGAUGAAUUGAGUACUUUAGAGCAGGAAUGUGAAAUUCUCGAGCAUAUCGCCAAAUUAAAACAAAAUGAUCCAGAAUAUGUGGAUCAUACGUCAGAUGAUAAGGCUAGUUCCUCAAAAAAGCAUCAUCAUCAUCAUAAAUCGGCACCAUUAAAGCCAAUAAUUAUAACAAAAGAUGCAAUACAAAAAGCCAUUUAUGGUGCCGGAUAUCCCUCAUUACCAACAUAUACAGUUCAGGAAUUUUAUGAUCAGCGAGUCGAAGAAGGAAUCUUUCCAAGUGCUGAACAAGUUGCAAAAAAUCAAUCAUUGCAAGGUCGUUGUGAGGUAGAUCAGGAAGCUGAACAAGCCAAGGAGGAAGAAGAAAAGGAACAGAAAGUCGAAAACGAUGAUCCCGAAUAUUUAAAUCAAGCACGCAAUUUGGACGAAUAUAAGGACGAUCAUCGUAGAGGAUAUGGAAAUCGCUAUAAUAGAAGCUAAAAUGCCACUUUAUCGCCUACUCGCUUAAUCAUGUUAUCACUUCCCUUUUCCUAUUUUUUUCAUGUCCUCUUCUAUGAGACAGCAACAACAACAAAAAAGUCAUUUUAUUUCUCUCAAAUUUGUAAAGAAAAAAAAACUUUUUGUAUCUUAUUUUCUACUUUUUAUAAGGCACUGACACUAGAAACUCCAAUUUUCUUCUCACAAUUGAAAAUGUUCAGUGUCCGUGUCUCGAUUAUUUCUCUUUGAAUGCCUGCCCACGAAAAAGAAAUGUGAAAAUUGGUACCAAUAAAAAAUGAUAAUUUCAAGAA